AUAGACAAACUUCAAUAAUUUUGUACUCGUAGUUAUUACUACAUCAACUACUAUAAAUACAUGAUUUUAAUAAUGUAGAUAAUUUUAUUUUAUUGUAUUAAAGGUAUGCCAAAGUAGACAAUUUAUAGUAUACGCAGUCUUGUACACCAAUCAGCGUUUGGGAGUAAUUUAAAAAAACAGAUUGCUUUCAAGGUGCUCAAUUUCAACGGUUUAAUCAUCAACGUAAAAGGAAAGGUAAUAAUAGCAUUGUUAAAAAACAAUCGCUAUAUUUAAAAAAGGAUUAUUAUACAAACAAUGUUAAAAGGUAUUCAUUGUUCAAGAAGUAUACAAUUUUAUAUCCAUUUCGCUUUAAGCGUUUACUGACAUGAGUAGUUUACAAACAAAUUAUGUACGACCUUUGAGAGCACAAAACUGCUUGCGAUAAAAGAACAUCGUUUUCUUUUUUCUUUUAACAAAGAAAGCAAGUUUUUAUUCGAGCAGAUUGGCGCCAAUGAGCGCAUCAUCGGACACUGAAAUUUAAAAAUUACGAGGUGUCAUGUGAGCCGAUGAAAAAAAAAUUGCUCCAUAAUUUCCAAUAACGAUCCAGAUGAUUUUUGACGUAAUCAUGAUAAAACUGAGGGCGAAUGUGACGCCAUCGUUUCGAACCGUAAAAUUAUGCUCUUCUAUUACUCGAACGAUUUUUCGUCGACAAUCUACGAAAGUCAAGAUGCAUAAACGGACAGAGGAUACGCACAAGAGUGAUGCUCAUCUAGGCGCCAGCAUCCUACGCAUAAUCCUCUUCCCCCUUGUUUUCACCAUGAUAGAGAUUUCUCUUUGUCUUCCUAUACAUAUAGCAAUUUUUCUCUUACGCAGAAUUUACAGAAACAUGUUCUUUUUUUUCCAUUCUAUGGAUUUCAUUUUUAGUCAUCCUCUUAUAAGAGUGUUUAUUGAAGAGUUUCAAGCGAAAAAUAGACAGAGGCAACGGAAUAACGACUAUAGUCGCAACGAUUCGACGAUCGUAUCAGAAAGUGCAUUUUCCUGAACAAGAGUAGUUUCACCAACGAUUUAACUUGCCCGAAGCAGGGAUAAACGUACGAUCGGCAUGCAUCCACAUUUGACUAAGAGCUUGCCCAUAAUUUGCCUUCGGCCAUUAUCGAAUUGAGGGAAAUUGAAAAUAUUUGUUAGACGAAGAAAAAACAUUCGCGUGGUCGUCUAAGAAUGGAAUAACUAAGUAAAAGAUAAGAAAUUGGAGAGAAUUUCAAGUCACGUUGACAUUAUAAUAUUAUAGCAUCAGCUAAAAAAAUGAAGGAGAAACAUCGGAGAGAUUGCUUCCUUGAUCUCUGGAUAAGGCUCCAAUCUAUCUUUUUCCUUUUUAUACUCGAAUAAAUUUUGUUUCUUUUAGACACGUCUAUACAUACACUCGCCAUUGUGUAUCGGUGAAUUAAGAUUUUUAUAGACUCUCUUUCGAACGAAACGAAUUCCUUCCUUCUUUUUUUUUUCUUUCUUUUAUCUCUGGUUCUUACAUCUUCCUCCGGUAUUGUUCGUGAUUCUCGCGUAUCACCGAACAAAUAAGAUACGACGGUUCAAUCAGUCGAUCAAGUUAAUCAAUUUGUAUUUAAUUUUGUAUUGAUCGAUGCUCAAAUAAACAUUCACUACUAUUGAAUUAAACAGAAAGGGUUGACUCGUUGGAGAACGACGAAUGAAAUGCUGACAGAGCUGUUUAUAAAACAGCGAAACUUAAUAUCGAUUACGAAAGAUGCUGGUGUAAAAAAGGAAGAAUUCUCAACAACGAUGCUUAACGAACGUAAGAAUUACAGGAGCGAGGUUUUUUGAAGAAUAAUUAACCUACAACGCCCGCGUAGGUCUCAUUAAAAACAACAGGCAAGACUUGGCAGACAGUUUUUCUUAUUCUUACGCAUGGCGAGCGAUUAAGGAAAGCUCGUAUUGUAACGGAGUGAGCAAAAGUAACCUGAAUCAUUGACUGGGAUAGUGGAAAUGGACGCUGUAGUAUUCAUCCAACGAUGCAUAGUUGUUCUUGCUAUUAUACUCUGUUACUUUCAAGUUCGGAGCGAAGGUGUGGACUGCCAGGCGUAUCCAUUUCACCGCUUGUGUAGAGGUACCAUGACAAAAAAGCGUGCAAUGUUUCCGACUGUAUUUAGCUCAGGUUGCGACGAUAACAAAGUAAAUAUAAAUUGUAUCAGGGAAUUUGAAGAACAACAACAUUUUCCUUAUCUUCCACUGUCGAAAUCGAGGCUCUUAGUUGCUUUACUGAACAACAAUUUACAGAAGGACAUCACACGUUUGUCACGCCACAAAGGAAGGAACAAUGAAAUGGAUGAACAAACGCCACCCUUAAUCGACAGCUUUUUGUCAGAGUUGGAAUCAUCGGACAACUACUAAACAAGAAUCAAUCAGGAAAUAAAUAUUUGCUCGACUCGUGGAAACAUUUUUCAUUAACCGAACAUUCAGAAAUGUGUAUUUUGUCCUAUUUCUAUAUCGUUUAUAUGAAAUAAAAUUCCUUUCCUCUCUUCAUUUUCUUCUUCUUUCCAUCUCGUAUUGUAUCUAACCUUACGAUUUUUCAUUUUAAUCGCUUUUAUUUAUUUACUGCCAAUGAAUAUAAUUAUAAUUGAUCCAUUGGAUCUAAUGUUUUCAACUAAUAAAAUAUCAUGUACUACAGCAUCAAGAAAACACUUCUUGAAUUAUCCUAUCGAGAAGGAAGCACGAGAUUAACUUCUCGAGAAUUUUAUUUCAUAUUUUAUAUGUAUAUGAUUGAAAUUCAUUGAAAAUAUAUGUAUGUACACUAUAAUCGACGAACACGAUCGUUAUCUACUAAGCUCUUGUAUAUAAACUUUGAAAUGAACAAUGACGACUAUUUUCAUUAUGUUAACAAUAAAUAUAUUAAAAUGAUCACUAUA